UAAUAACUAUACAACGACCAGAUCGACUGAAUGCACUUCAUAUGCCAGCACAUUUUGAACUUGACGCAAUAUUUAAUUGGUAUCAAUCAGAGCCUGAAUUACGAGUUGCAAUUAUAACAGGAUCUGGUGAUAAAGCAUUUUGUGUAGGGCAGGAUUUAAAAACUGACUUUGCUGGUGACCAUGUUAAUAUUAAUAAUGAUAAUCAGUCAGUCCUAUCUAAUUUUCCUUUGAGUGGAUUUGGUGGGUUGAGUCGUAGGGUGAUAUCAAAUAAUGGAUUGAAACCUGUGAUUGCAGCUGUUAAUGGAAUGGCAAUUGGAGGUGGAAUGGAAAUGGUUUUGGCAAGUGAUAUGGUUGUUGCAU